UUCGAGAUAUCCUUAUUGGAAUAAUACCUUCGAUAUUCGGGCGCGGUCAGGACAGCCUAUCGAUAUCGCGUCUAAACUCACGGCAUCGAGGUCGAUCGCACCGAACUUAUUAGAACUUUAUAUUAACGUCUACAUUCAUUUACACCUCUGGAGCGGACAAUGGAGACUCCCAUCAAGAUGGAACAGCCCGGUUCCGCGGCUCCAACUAUCGCGGCCCAGACCCAUUCUACGCCAGAGGCCACAUCAACACCUGCCACCUCGGUCGACACCAAGAACAGCAUGUCCCCCUCGCCGUCUUCGGCCCAGUCGACCACUCAGUCCAGCGCCAACUCGAGACGUCCGCCGCGCAAGAGCACGCUUACCCAGCAGCAGAAGAACCAGAAGCGACAGCGCGCGACCCAGGAUCAAUUGACGACUCUGGAGAUGGAAUUCAACAAGAACCCUACCCCGACCGCCAACGUUCGGGAGAGGAUAGCGGAGGAGAUCAACAUGACCGAAAGGUCUGUUCAGAUCUGGUUCCAGAACCGACGCGCCAAGAUUAAGCUUCUGGCUAAGAAGAGUCUGGAAACUGGUGAGGACAUCGACUCGAUCCCCGAGUCUAUGCGAGCAUACCUGGCCAUGCAGGCCAUGGAAUCUGGUAAGGGCCUUGGCGGUCCUUACAUGGGACGUACCGGGCUGCUACCUUACGGAUCGAUGAUGUUGGGAGGCGAGCAGGGUGGACAGGGGAAAGUCCUGAUACACCAUCUGACUUGCCGAUCUCUGAGCAUUGGAAAGUGGACGCGUGUUGGUCAGAACACGAUGGAUCUAAUCAUCUUCUACUCUCCUGAGAAGUGUACCAUGACCUACUACAUCAACAACGAUCAGGCGGGAUAUAAGAUCGAGUACAACUUCAACGCGAUCAAGAACAUCUACCUCGAGAAUCCCGAGGGCGACGCGACCAAGCUUGGUGGAAUUGUCAUCGAGUUGAACCGACCUCCUAAUUUCUUUAUGGAUUCGUCGCCAAACUCGAACGGCUUUUUCCAGUGCAAUGACUUCACCGAGGACCAGCAAGCCACGCAUUGCCUUGUCCACCAUCUUGGUGGUAACCCCAAGGUUCUCAGCGGCCAGCUUGCCAAGCUCGCAUCUCUUGAGUCCUUCACAAACCGACACAACCCGAAUCCUUUCGACAUGAGCCACGCGUUGUCUGUUUCUGCUCCCGUGUCGCCAACUAACCGCCCUGCUUCGCAGCCCAACUUCGGACCACCGCAUGUCGGCAUGUACCAGGAGUCCCAGUGGGGAAUCAACCCGAUGCAUGCCGGUAUGCGUGCCCCUGGCCACAAGCGCCAGCGCAGCAGAUCGGUACCUACGGCCGUCGACUUCUCCAUGUUCCAAAACCCGAUGCCGUCGUUCUACAUCCAGCAUCCGGGUGACAACCAAGGCCAGCCGCACAGCCCUAACAUCUACGCGCCUGUCCCGCAGCAACCCAACGGCCUUAACAACGUUGGGCCUAACCUGCGUAUCGACACUCAGGCUACGUACGGCAUGGAUCUCAGGCAGUACCCGCUAUCUGCUGCUACCACAGCCCCGUCGGAGUAUUCUAGCCCGAACUUUUUCUCCCAAGGCCCCGAGAACACGCCUCUACCAGCUUCGAGCUUUAACACUCCUUACAGCGGAGCAUUCCUUUCGCCGCUGCCCCAGAUCCCGCAAUCUGUGUCCCCGUUGUCCUACACGGGCCACGGUGACCCGGCCAUCGUUGAACAAUCGCCCCCUCUUUCUAUGCUUCAGCGGCCAGCUUCUACUGACAUGUAUGGUAUGGGCGAAUCUGCUAUUUCUGACGACGGACACGGCCUGAACGAGAUGUACUCGAAACACACUAUCAACCUUCCGAUGCACCCACACUCUCCCGGGUUUAUGGAAGCCAACCAGGCCGAUCUAGACAUGAACCAGCUGGUUCAGUUUGACACUGUCGACCCGUCGAGCUUAUCCCCCGAGAGUAUUCAGCAUCACCAAUGAUUUCGACUUAUUUCUGGUUGCGCGUUUUCGGAUCCUUUCGGUGGCCGGAGCGCUAUUUAAUGCGUGCAUAAUAGUCGCUACGGUCGGUUUAGUCUUGUUCUCCUACUUGUGGCGUUACGGGACCUUAUACCUCUUGUCGCUUUUGUGUGGACUUCCUUUUUCUCGAAAAACUCCCUUCUACCCGGUUU